GGCUCCUGAAUGAGCCGCGCCGCCCGCCGCCGCGCCCGCCCGCCCGCCGCCAUGGCCGCGCCGCCCGCCGCCCCGCUGUCGCCCGCGCGCCUGUCGCGGCUGCAGGAGAAGGAGGAGCUGCGCGCGCUCAACGACCGGCUGGCCGUGUACAUCGACCGCGUGCGCGCGCUCGAGCUGGAGAACGACCGGCUGCAGCUCAAGAUCUCGGAGCGCGAGGAGGUGACCACGCGAGAGGUAACCGGCAUCAAAACCCUGUACGAGGCGGAGCUGGGGGACGCGCGGCGGCUGCUGGACGAGACGGCCCGGGAACGCGCCCGCCUGCAGAUCGAGCUGGGCAGGCUGCGGGCGGAGAGCGAGGAGGGCGCCAAGAGCGCCCAGAAGCGGGAGUCAGAGCUGGCCGUGGCCGCGGCGCGGGGCCGGGAGCUGGAGGCGCGGGUGCAGCGGGCUGAGGCCCAGCUGGCAGAGGCCCUGGGGGACCGGCAGCGGCUGGAGGGCGAACUGGCCGGGCUGCGGGGACAGCUGAGCAAGGCGGAGGACGGGCUGGCGGUGGCCCGCCGGCAGCUGGAGCAGGAGACGCUGGCGCGCGUGGACCUGGAGAACCGCUGCCUGAGCCUGCGGGAGGAGCUGGGCUUCCAGACGAGCGUCUUCCAGGAGGAAGUGCGGGAGACGCGGCGCCUGCGGGAGAGGCCGGCGGAGGCGGCUGGGGAGCCCAGGGAGCAGGAGGCCAAGCUGGCGCGGGCGCUGCAGGAGCUGAGGGGCCACCAGGAGCAGCAAGUGCAGCUGUGCCGGCAGGAGCUGGCGCGGGCCUGGGAGGCCAAGCUGGAGGCGGCCCGGCUGAGUGAGGAGCAGGAGGCCCAGGCGGCGGGGGCGGCGCGGGAGCAGCUGCAGGAGGCCUGGUCUCGGCUGGAGGCGCUGGGGAGCCAGCUGGCGGGACUGCAGAGACAGGCCAGCAAGGCAGAGGAGCGCGCCCGGGAGCUGGAGGCGCAGCUGGCGGCUGAGCGGGAGGCGGCGCGGGCGGGGCAGGCGGCGAGGGCGCAGGAGGCGGCGGAGCUGCGGGCGGCAGUGGAUGCGGCGCUGGCAGAGCGGCAGGAGCUGCUUGGGGAGAAGCUGGCGCUUGACCUGGAGAUCCGCGCCUACCGCCACCUGCUGGAGGGCGAGGAGCAGAGGCUGCAGCUGACCCCCAGCCCGUCACCGAGGACAAGCAGCAGCGGCAGCAGUGUGGCCUCCCUAGGGCGUCCGGGCCGCGGGAAGCGGAAGCGUCCAUCUCAGCCGCAGCCUCCCGAGGAGUCGCCCCUGGGCCCGGGUUCAGGCUUGGCCUCGGGUUCGAGUGGCUUGGGCGCAGCCGGCGGCGGCGUGUCCAUCGUGGAGGUGGACGCCCAGGGCCGCUUCGUGCGGCUGCUGAACGCGGGGCCCCGGGACCAGGCGCUGGGCGGCUGGCGGCUGGCACGGCGCGGCCCUGGGUCCGAGGGCCCCGAGCGGGGCUACCGCUUCUCGCCCAAGUUUGUGCUGCGCACAGGCCAGGCUGUCACGGUGUGGGCGGCGGGGGCCGGGGCGGAGCACAGCCCCCCGGGCAGCCUGGUAUGGCGAGGACAGAGCAGCUGGGGUCCGGCCGGCGGCGCCCACACCGUUCUGUUUGGCCCCGACGGGGAGGAGGUGGCUGCUGUGAAGCCCUUGGAGGCCGAGAACGGGGAGGAGGCCGGCGAGGACGGAGCGGAGCUGGGCGAGGAGGACCUGUUCCACCAGCAGGGGGACCCCAGGACCACCUCCCGAGGCUGCCGCGUGAUGUGACCGGACUCGCCACCCGCCCAGUUUCCUACUGUUGGUUUCCCGUCCAUUUCUUGACCCUUUUCUAGAACAUUUUCAGCCGACUGCCAGGAGGUGGGGGGUCUCUUGCUCGUUACUUGGGGGUGGCGUCCCCUGGGGUCCUUGCCUCCUCCAGCUCAGGGCGGAGAUGGACAGAGCCAGGCGGGCAGCCCGGGGGCGGGGGGGCGGGCGGGCGGGCGGGCGGCCCGCGGCUCUGCUGCCCCUCCGGUUUCCGGGACACUCUGCCUGCCUUCUCCUGCCUCCGUGGUAGCCCCCGAGUCCCGGCCUCACCCGGAUCAGCAGCCCUGGGCCUGGGGACCGUCUCAGGGCACCCCGUCUGUCUGUCCACUCCCGGCCUCUCAUCCGCGGUGUCUGUCCCUGUGCUGGGCUGGCCGUGGCCCCGCCCCAGAAAUUAUUUUUGUACUGGAUAUUUAUUUUUUUUACACUAGUCAGUCUCCCCAGUAACUUCAGGAAGCGCAGCUCGACCCUGAGCUGCCCGGGGUGCAGGGCCCACAGCAGAAGGCCGGGCCCCGGGCCCCCCAGCUGGUGGCCUGGACUCUGCCGGGCUGUGAGCAGAGGGAGGGGACCCCAGAGCCGAGCCGGCCGGGCCCUGGUGGGGGUCAGCGAGCCUCCUCCCUCCCGCGCGGGCCUGGGAUCCCGGGAUUCGGGCGCCCCGGGAAGUUGCGUGCCCUAAAGUGUGUGUCGUUUCUGUUUUUCCCUCCAGCGGUUUGUAAGCUACAUGUUACGACUGGAAACCAUUUUGUACAACAUUUGACACGCCAAUAAACUUUGUUUUGAUUUAAAAC